CGGAGCAUCGCGCACCAAUGGCAUCCCGAGAAGGCGGAGCAGGAGAGGUUUAUGGAUUACUUCCGGCAAGGGAUACCUUCAGUUUUGGACAGCAGCUGAAAGGCCCCCUAACAGCUGGUCCCUGCUGGAACACGGGUCACAAGAAAUCUUCACUGGCUCCGGGUCCGCUGACCUUGAAAGCCCUAAAUGGUCUCAGCCCAGUAGAAGGGAAGGAGCGUCUCCACGUCCAUCGCUCAGCCCGGACACUGAGGUCCAGCUCCGAGGGUCUUCUGGCAGGUCCCUCAUUGCGAGAAGUGAGGUUACUUCUCGGUUGUCGUGACUGCCCUGUGGAACGCCCUCCCACCAGAUGUCAAGGAGAUAAACCAUCAUACGACCUCCCUAGACGCCUGAAACGCCUCCCCCGCCCCGUGGAUGUUGCAGGAAAGUAAAUGAAAAUCCCGGUGGAGGACAAAGAGGUAAAGGGGUCGCGGGGGGGGGAGAGGAGAGGGGAGAAAAGUACCCAGAGACCCCUGACAGCUCCCCAAAGCGCCUUCCGUGGGCCCCGUCGGCAGUGAUGCGAAGGGGGCUUUUCUCGGCCCCUUAGGCGCCUUGGCAGGGGCGGGCAUGGGGCCCUCGCUCAGGGGGUACCCAUGAGGACCCCCUCGCCCCGUGUCUCCCGCGCAGGCAUCCCCGGAGCGCUGGGGGCUCCGUGCAGAGAGAGGUGGGCCACGAACGGGUUAACGGGCAGGAGGAAUAGAGACGCCCCUGCCCCUCCCCUGCUUCUCUUGGGGGGGCGCCUCCGGCUGGAGAGAUGGGGGCGCAGGGUGUGAGAUUAGCGGAGCCAAGGGAGCCUCUGGAUGCAGGGGAGACUCUGGAGAGAGGGAGGGGGUCAAGGAAGUGGGGGAGAGGAAGGGGAGCAUCCCUGGGGCAGGGAAGGGCAGCAUUGGCGGGGGGGGGGGAGAGAUAGGAAGGACAGUCUAUGGGGGGGGGUCUCCAUCGUGGCAGCCGCGGGGGAUCUCUGGUAGGACAGCCUUGGCUUCUCCCUCCCUCCCAGGAAUGGGCCCCCCCUUCAAGGCAACCAAAGGGAUCCCUGGAAAGUGGGGGUCCUGUCCCCCCACCCCUUCCUUCCUGCAAGCUCCAUCCUCUUCCCACCCCAUAAGCCCCUGCCCUGUCCGGACGCAGCGCUUCUGCCCAGUCCACCCAUUGGUCCCCCUGGAGAGGAGAGGAAAUCCCGAGAGGAAGAGAGGAGGGGGGAGGCCUUCUCAGAAGCGGCUCUUUGUUUCCGCAAUCCCACCCAGGAAGCAGCCAGAAACCUUUUCCUCUCUCUCAGGCUUCCAUCUUUAUUGUCUUUUCCACCGCCUGCUUCAUUGAGGAUGAGGAUAAUGUACACCUCUCAUCAGAAACGGGUGCAGAGUCCAUGAAAUGGCUCUCAGGGUUGAUUUAGAAGCUGCACCUCAAAAGCAUUCUGUUCCUCUUCUUCUUUGUAGGCAAUGUCAGAGUGACUGACGAGCUGAGAUACAAUCCUUCAGCAUCCAAUGAAAGUGACUGCAUGAAUCAUCCCAGUCAAAGGACCCAUUUUCAUGAUAGACAGUGCCUGUGGCUGGAGGCUCUACACACCGGGUUUGCCUGUGGAGGCCAGAGACUUCCAGUAUUAGCACAGGUGAGGUGUGUGACCUCCCCAAAUUUACAGAAUGUAUAUGAAUGAGAUUUCCUGGGUGGGAUUAUAGUUUAUGGCAACCCUGUGAUUUUCUCCACCCAUAACAUUUUAUGAGCUGAUAUAGCAGUACGAGCUCCAAAAUAACUUUAAAAAACCCCACAAGAUCAUCAUCAUCAUCGUCGUAUUUAUACCCCCGGGCCUUAGUUUGCUUCCCCAUGAUCUAGAGAAAAUACCAGCUUUGAAUCAUACAGAGUAAAACUACCAGAACCUUCUUGAACCGAUAGGUUAGGAAUUAUCGCUAUACGUUAGAUCUGUACUUUUCUAUGCCUGAGAAAUGCAACCAUGACACUGGGAAUGUUCAGGGAUGCAGGAGAGGAUAUAUUGUUUGAUUAUAUCCUUUCCAACUUGUGCUAACAAAUUGUACAAUUUAGCAGAGUAACAUUCCCCCUUUUAAACUUACAGCGGAUGAAUUUGCUCUAAAGCCUCUAAAAUAAGUUUCUUUGGUAAUUUCCCCUUUAGUCCCUCAUAAAAAGAUAAGACAUGACACAGUCUUCUAUAAAAGUAUAAAAAGAGUUUACUCACACAUUCUGUUCACAAAUGGAUCCCAGAAGGCAGACUUAGGUUACAAAAGUUACAAACACCUGGAAACUAUCCCAUAAGGAGACAGCCCAAAUGAGCAUCUUAGGCUAAGCAGAUGUUGCUUCUUUGACGAAUGUAAUCAGAGAGAGAUGCCUGACCAGUCCUGCUCUUUUGUUACCUGGGCAGGUGAGGUCGCACCCACUUCUAGUCACAUGCAGAAGAAGUCUGUCCCAGCCUAGGAGAAAUUGGAAGUUCCGACUGGCUGGUCCAGACAUCCCCUUUUAUUUCCACUCUAGGGAUGUUGUACUUGACUGUUCUUGUGUUUCACAUUCCACAGACACUUUAAAAGUCAGCACCAACCGUUUGAAUUGUGCUCGGAAAUGCACUGGGAGCCAGGGAAGAUACUUUAGAAAUAGUGUUAUGUGGUCUUAGUGGCUGCUCCCAGUAACUAGUCUAGCUCCCCCAUUCUGGAUUAGUUGCAGUUUCAGAGUCACCUUCAAAGGUAGCCCCAUGUAGAGCAGCUGGCAGUACUCCAAGCAGGAGAUAACCAGAGCAUGCACCACUCUGGCCAGACGGUCUGCAGGCUAGUUGGGUCUCAUCCUGUGUACCAGAUGGAGCUGCCAGACAGCUGCCCUGGACACAGAAUUGAUCUGUGCCUCCAUGGACAGCUGUGAGUCCAAAAUGACUCCCAGGCUGCACACCUGGUCCUUCAGGGGCACAGUUACCCCAUGAGGACCAGGAAGGCCCCCACCCUCCCCCAGGGACAGUAUUUCUGUCUUGUCAGGAUUCAACCUCAAUGUGCUAGCCGCCAUCCAUCCUCCAACCACCUCCAGGCACCAGCACAGGGCAUUCACCACCUUCACUGGUUCUGAUUUAAAUGAGAAGAAGAGCUGGGUAUCACCCACAUACUGGUGAACACCCAACCCAAACCCCCUGAUGAUCUCUCCCAGUGGCUGCAUAUGGAUAGUAAAAAGCAUAGGGGAGAGGAAGGAGCCCUGGGGCAGCCCACAAGUAAGCAUCCAGAGGUCUGAACACCACUUUCUGGACAUGGCCCAGGAGGAAGGUGUCGUGAAUUCCUCGCGCUUUUUAGCGAAACGCUCAGAGUCCCAGGUUUCUUUUCAGUGCAGUCUUUUUAAUGUGAGCUAUAUACAAGUAUUUACAAAAACAGUCCAUACAGAGUACCUGCUCCUUUUGGCAAACGAAUACUCUCCACCGCAGCACCACCACACCUCAGCACAACCACCACAACUUACUGUUGAGCAGGCUUUCCUUUUAAAACAGGUGAUAGCCAAUCACAUCCCUGCUGAGUCACUCUGACCCAGCACUUCACAGAGUAUUGCAUCAGCCUGUUGAAGCCUGCAGACUUACUCAACAUCCUGCGAAUCCCAACAGAAGGAGGGGAACCACUGCAUAACAGGGCCCCCAGCUUCCCAAGAUUGUCCAGAAGGAUACCAUGGCCAAAGGUCUCCAAAGCUGCUGAGAGAACCAGGAAAGAGCUUCCCCCUCAGCCUCUGGCCCGUCGGAGAUCAUCAACCAGCACAACCAGGGCAAUUUCAGUCCCAUGAUGAGGCCUGAAUCCCCAUUGGAAGGAUCAUGGUGGCAGAAGCUUUCCUGGUCCUGCAACCCCAAAACUUCCAGCCACAAUACGUUUAUUAGCUUUCAAGGUCCCACCUGAUACACUGUGGUCUUUUCUUCGAAAAACAAAUAUUUUGAAUACCGUACUUUUCGCCCCAUAGGACGCACUGGCCCAUAGGAUGCACCAAGUUUUUUUGGGGGGGGAAAUAAAGGGGAAAAACAUUAUUCCCCCCCAGGUGCUUGUGGGGCAGGCAGCGGGGAGAAGUGCUCUUCUCCCCACCGCCCGCCUGCAGACCAGGUCUGGGGACAGCGGGAAGACGCGCUGCGCCUCCCCGCUGUCCCCGGAGCUUGUGGGGCUGGCGCUGCGGCUCUCCUGAAGCCUGGAGAGCGAAAGGGGUCGGUGCACACCGACCCCUCUCGCUCUCCAGGCUUCAGCGAAAGCCUGCAUUCACCUCAUAGGACGCACACACAUUUCCCCUUCAUUUUUGGAGGGGAAAAAGUGCGUCCUAUAGGGUGAAAAAUACGGUACUUUUACAGUGCCGUAUGAUGUAAAUAUGGGACGCAGGUGGCAUUGUGGGUUAAACCACAGAGCCUAGGACAUGCCAAUCAGAAGGUUGCCGGUUCAAAUCUCCACGGCGGGGUGAGCUCCCAUUGCUCAGUCAUGCUCCUGCCAACCUAGCAGUUCGAAAGUACCUCAAAGUAUAAGUAGAUAAAUAGGUACCGCUCUGGCGGGAAGGUAAACGGCGUUUCCGUGCGCUGCUCUGCUUCACCAGAAGCGGCUUAGUCAUGCUGGCCACAUGACCUGGAAGCUGUACACCUGUUCCCUCGGCCAAUAAAGCGAGAUGAGCGCCGCAACCCCAGAGUCGGCCACGACUGGACCUAAUAGUCAGUGGUCUCUUUACCUUUAUGAUGUAAAUUUUGUUUCUGUUUCCCUUGUUCCACAUCGGAGAGACUUUGAUACACAGCUCUGAGCCCAUCUCCCCACUUGAAACUGCUGUGUUUGUAGCACUGCCAGCCUGGGCAGUGUGUUUGGGGGUCCUGGGCUGCCUAGCCAACAAGACCCCCUUCUCAGCCUGGCUGAUAUGGUCCCAAGGAAAGCAGAGCAGUAUGUUUGGCACCAGCUUGGCUGCAGGAGUUGAAUGAAGAAGGUGUGCAGGACACCAUCCAACCGUCUUAGAGACUCCACUCUGGAUUUGUGUGGGUUUCCCUCCAUAGCCUUUUCUUCUCCUGAACAUAACUCACGAGGCAGUGAAGGUUUAGGACCAGAGUUUUCCUUCUCGAUGGGCUCCCUUCCCCGGUUGACGAUCCCAUCUGCCCUUCACUUUCCUCUUCCGCACGGGCAGAAUCUGCCUUCUAGACUGUGGGAUUCACUGUUCUUCUCCUCCUCUCCAUCCACCAGGGCUUGACUUCACCUGCAGCAGAAUUCCCCAACCCACCAAGGAUUUGAGACCCAUCAGCUUUCCUCACCUGGUUUUGCCGGCCGGUUGAAGCCAUUCCUGGGAUUGUGGCCCCUGUUGCAUGCUGACAGCUUCUGGAAGGCACAGGUGAGAGCUGAGUGCAGGGUGGGGACCACCAAAGGUACUACCGCUCCCAUGACACCUCAUGACAUCAGAUAAUAGUGAUAUUUGAGACAGAACCGGAAUAAAUUCAUGUCUCUAGAAAUAACACAACUUCAGGCCAUCAAUAAAUGAACACUACAUAUUCAAGGUUGAAGUUUUCACUAGUACAGUUAUCCAUUUGCCUUUAAUAUGCAGCUUUUUCAGUGUCACUUUAGGAUAGUCAGAAGACAGGCACGAGAUCAGGCAGCACAUCAUUAUGAUAAGGAGCAAUGGGGGUGGGUGUUUCCAUCUGGGAUUCCCAUUUGCCAGCUGCUUUCCUUCAGCUUCUCCUGCUCUCUCCAUGCAAUGCAAGGCAUGUAGAUGGAGGUCCAUCUCCAAGAACAGGAGCUUCCCUGAGCACCCAUUCAACUGACCCCAAGCACCAAGCCUUGUCACUAGUUCUCUGACUGACCCAGACCACAGACCAAUGGAUAAGACAUAGCCCUGGGUCUCCAAAAAUGGUCCACAUGGACCUCCUGUGGCCAAUGGGACUGUGCAGGUGAUUCAUAAAGAUCUAGAGGUGGAUGGAGAAUUAUGAUGCAGAGGAUGGGGAAUGUCCAAAGGAACGAUGGAUCAGAUAAAGAGAGGGCCUGUUCACGGACAGAGAGCAGCUGCCUUUCCUGUGAGGAAACAAUUGAUUUGAAAAGGCUGUAUUCCAAGAUCAUGCUGCUUUAUUAACGAUGAUUGAGGAUUAUGAAAGGUGGUGAUGCAUUACUAUCAUUUGAUGACAUUGCUUUUUCAUUUCCAAAAAAUUGGGAACAUGGGUAGGACAUUGGAGAAUGUAGGAGAUGUUGAAAUAAGAGAAGGUGCUAAUGGAGCUUGAUGUGCUCUCUUUCCCUUUGUUCUCUUCCUUGAAACCCAAACAGGAUUUCCUUUCCUCCCACUCUGAAGAAGGUGAUGGAGAAGACAUUCAGAAUUCCAGGAAUGGGGCACCUUUCGUUUAAUUAGGAAUAGAAAUUAAAAUCUGUGAAAUGUGGAAUAUGCUUCAUUGAAUGAGCACACAUAGCUCACAUCAAUGACUCUAAGAGGGGAGAAGCCAUUUAAAGGUAUGGAGAGUGGGAAACAUUUCACUGAUAGUCGAAAACUUAGAACACAUCAGCGGACUCACAUGGGCAAGAAAGGAUUCCAAUGCAGGGAGUGUGGGAAGAACUUCAGUCAGAGAGGACUCCUCAAUAUACACCAGCGGACUCACACAGGGGAAAAACCAUUUAAAUGCAUGGAGUGCGGAAAAAGCUUCCGUCAGAGUGGACACUUAAGUGCACAUCUACGGACUCACACGGGUGAAAAACCUUUUAAAUGCAUGGAAUGUGGAAAAAGCUUCAGUCGGAGUGGACAUUUAAGUUCGCAUCUACGGACUCACACGGGUGAAAAACCAUAUAAAUGUAUGGAGUGUGGAAAGAGCUUCAGUAAGAGUGGACACCUCAGUAAACAUCACCAGACUCACACAGGGGAGAAACCAUAUGAAUGCAGGGAGUGUGGGAAGAGCUUCAGUCAGAAUGCAGACCUUAAAUUACACCAGCGAACUCACACUGGUGAAAAACCAUAUAAAUGUAUGGAGUGUGGAAAGAGCUUCAGUCAGAGUGGACACCGCAAUAUGCAUCAACGGACUCACACAGGGGAGACACCAUUUAAAUGUAUGGAGUGCGGAAAGAGCUUUAGUGAUAGUGGAAACCUUAGAAAACAUCAACGGACUCACACAGGGGAAAAACCAUUUAAAUGUAUGGAGUGUGAAAAGAGCUUUAGUGAUAGUGGAAGCCUUAGAAGACAUCAACGGAUUCACACAGGGGAGAAACCAUAUAAAUGUAUGGAAUGUGGAAAGAGCUUCAGUUUCGAUGCAGGCCUUAGAUCACAUCAACAGACUCACACAGGGGAGAAACCAUAUGGAUGUAUGGAGUGUGGAAAGAGCUUCCAUCAGAUUGGAACACUUAGAAUACAUCAACGGACUCACACAGGGGAAAAACCAUUUAAAUGCAUUGAGUGCGGAAAGAGCUUCAGUCGAAAUGGAUACCUUAGAACACAUCAACGGACUCACACAGGGGAGAAACCAUAUAAAUGUAUGGAAUGUGGAAAGAGCUUCAGUUACGAUUCAGGCCUUAGAUCACAUCAACGGACACACACAGGGGAGAAACCAUAAGAAUGCAUGGAAUGAGGAAAGAGAUUCAGUUUCAUUGCAAUGCUUAGAAGUCAUCAGCGGACUCACACAGGGGAGAAACCAUUUAAAUGCAUGAAGUGUGGAAAAAGCUUCAGUCAAAGGGGAAAUCUUAGAAAACCUCAGCAGACACACAGGGAAGAAACCAUUUAUAUGUAUGGAGUUUGGAAGCAGCUUCAGUCCGAGUGGAACCCUUGAUUUACGUCAACAGACUCCCACAUGAGAGAAACCCUAUAAAUGUCAAGUAGACAGAGGUUCAGUCCUAGUGGAAGUCCUACAUCAACAGACUCAUGGACAGGAAGAACUUUAACAGUUGACACCCUACAAACCCAUCAACCCUCAAAGAGGAGAAGCUGUUUAAAGGGAAAGAUUGCAGAAAGUGCUUUAGUUAUAAUGGAGUGUUUAAGGAACAUCUAAGGACUCUCAGAGGGGAGAACCCAUUUAGAUGUAUGGAGUGAGGAAAGUGUUCCUUUCAGAGUUUACCCUUCUUCACAGCAAUGAACUCAACUCAGCAGAAAAUCCAUCUUAAAAGCAUGUCAUGUAUUUGAGGUUCUGCUGUUUAUAUGUAAAACUGUAUAGUAAUGAAAUAAUGAAGGUAAUUUCUCACACUAGUGAGUAUAAUUUUAGAUGUAAGGUACCUUUUGAUAGUGAGGGGGAGUUGGUGAAUCUGGAUUUCUGGUGGUGAGUGAGGAUUAGGGCUGGGCGAUCUAUUAAUCUCAUCCUAUACCGGUUUCUAGACUACAUUGUGAUAACCGUUGGAAAACAAUGGAUAUGGCAAUACACCACUUAAUCCCAGUGUGUGUUUCUGGGAUGCUCAUUUGCCUGGAAGCAGGCAGCAGAAAGCUUUUCUUCGUGAAGCCCCUGCAGAUUCCGAGUUCCUGACUUCCCUCCCAGACGACAGGAAGCGAAAGACACACAUCCAUUGCCCUGUGUCCUUCCAGCCUCUUUCCUCCCUUGCUCCCUUCUGCCGGUUUGUGUGCCUGACUUAGAUAUCCUGUGUGCUCUAUUUUUCUAUUGCUGAAACUGGAUUUGCUCUCAGGAGCUAAGUUUUGUGCCUCACUGGGGACCCAGUGAGAACUGUAUGCUUUGAAAGCUCAGUAAACUAUUACUGAAGAAGUCCUGC